AUGGUGCAAUAUUCGAUAAUUGUCCUGUUGGCGGCCAUCUGCGGCGCUUACGGAGCUGGAUACGAGCAGCGAGAUUUCAUUCGCGAUGGUAUUUGCUACGAGCGCAGCAGUGCAAUAUUUUCACACAUCGGCUCAUUUCUCGAUCCCAAACGGCAAAUAAGAAUCUUGUCCGACUUUACUACUGGGGCGAUGUAUGAGCAGAGCUGGAACUCGUCUUCCUUUAAGCGCUACAGCGAAUGUAAAUUCACGAUACAGGCAACGGAGGGCAACGGGGUGUACGUGACCAUUCGCAAAAUGAACAUGCGGCGUGACGCGAAAGGAAACUGUAUAGAUGUUGUCUCGGUGAAGCAGAGCAACGACAAAAAGGUGCGCUUCUGCUUCUCGCCAAAGGACGUGCCAAGAAGUUUUUCCGAUCCAUACUACUUAAAGAUCACGAUCAAGCUGGACCACUCGACACCGCUACCGACCGUGGACGAUAUGCUUUACAUACAGAUAGUGGCAACGCAGAAAAGAGAGUGCACCGGCAACAAGGCACUCGAGCUAAAGUGUGAACCGUACGUUUCCAACUCGUGCAUACACCGAUCGUUCGUCCACGACGGCACAGUCAACUGUCCGAACUGCCAGGACGAAGCGAGCUGCGAGCAGGAGCCGGUGGAAAUAAACGUCGUGAGCCACAUAAAUGAAAAAAUAGUACUCACCGGAAUUGCGUCCCUGCUCUUGACGGCCUUCAUGUUUGGCGCCUGUUUCCUGUGCCUUUAUAAGAGCAGACAGUGGGUACCGAGGUGCAGCAGUAGCAGCAACAGCAGCAUUAGCAAUGGCACCAGAGAUAAUGUGCCCCGGUCGGGCCGCAUCCGGGCACAACACGGACGUGGCAAUGUGGUCGCCGGCGUACAUUCGGUGGAGCUGCGCGGCUCGUCGAACGAUCUGCGACCGACCGCACCGGAGGAAAAGGAUCUACCGCCCAGCUACGAUGCUCUGUUUCCUACCACCGCAGUUGCCUCCAGCACUUCUGCUGGGCCUACGACGGUCUCGACAGCGACCUCUCCGACCAUACCGAAGGCCAGCAUGGAAGAUUUGGCGUAG